GAUUCUACGAGUUUCUGAUCCUCUCUCCGAUCGUGUCUCCGUUGGAAGCUCCUAGAAUCCAUGGCCUCCCACGACCGAACCCUCAGCCCCAACAAUUUGGCCGUCACCGUUAGGGUUCCGUCCCCGACGCCGCGGAACCACCUCGACGGCGGUGACGGCGACGGCGACGGCGUCUCUGCUUGGUGCUCUUCGCGGAGUACCCGGACCGAGCUGGCCGCCAAUUUCAAGCGGAGCGUGGCGCCGGCGCGGGUCAUGUUCUAUGAAAACGGGUCGUGGACCAACUUCCCGGGUCGGGUCGUGGAGUUGCUCCGGUCGGGCUUCUUUGAGCGCAAGGCGGUGCUCCACCUCGAAAUCGAAGGGUCAACGUACCUGUUUGACUUCACGCGCAUGCUCCAGAUUGACUCCGGCACCGGUAGCCAGCGAUCGAUCGCGUGGAUUGACGACAACGGGAAAUGCUUCUUCCCGAAGAAGUUCGUCAGCGACGAGCUCUGCGGCGGCGGGUCGGAUAGUCCGAAGAUUGAAAUUGAGAUCCGGGUCGACGUCUCGGGUCGGAAUUCGGGUAAGAGAAAAAGAGACGAUGAGGCUGAGGAUGAGCACGAAGUGACGUCAUAUAAGCGCCAGUCUCAGCCUCAGCCAAAGUCUCAGGGCUCGUCGGAAAGUUGGCCGAAUGUGAAGUUGUUGAGAGAAGGAGAGAGAGCUUUUACGGCGGUGAGCAAUUUCUUUCUGAAAGGGAUGAAGAGAAUUGAUCAUACGGCUACGAUCAGUGCGAUUCGUCAGUGCGUUCGCUCUGGGCCGUUGGAUAAGGCUCGGCUUGAGGUGUUUCAGAAGCAAAUUGAGCUCACCAAGGCGGCUCGGGGCUCGGCGAAUGUGGUCCACGCUUGGUAUUGUGGGUCGUCUAGAGAUAUACAGGGGAUUUUGGCUCAUGGGUUUGGCUUGCCCAGCAAGGUUGCUGGGUCUCAUGGUGUUGGUCUAUACCUCUCUCAUUUAUCUUUACCUUUUAGUACUGGGCUGAUACAGCCCGAUGAUAAUGGCGAAAAACAUGUUCUUUUGUGCCGAGUUAUAUUAGGCAAUGUGGAGAAAGUUGAGGCAGGGUCUCAGCAAUGCUACCCUUCGAGUAUGGAGUUUGAUACUGGUGUGGAUGAUACUAGGACUCCUACACGGUAUGUGGUGUGGUCUACUAAUAUGAAUAGGCACGUUCUUCCUGAGUGUGUUGUGAGCUACAAACCUUCUGGUCAUGUGCCUGGUUCUCUGCCUAAGAAGUACCAUCUUGCGGAGUUGAUUUCGAGGGUUAGGAAUUCCUUACCCCCUUGUAAGGUUCAGCAAUUGUCCAACCUGGUCAAUGGUUUAAAGGCUGGUAAAUUAGCAAGAAACGAUUUCUGCAGACAGUUUCGAUUAGUUGUUGGGGAGCAGUUGCUGCGUUCUGCAAUUCCUGAGAUGUGUGGCUCGGAACAAGAUGGCCUGUCCUCUUGUCAGUCUUGUGUAUGCGGCUAUUGAGCUUGUAAGCCAAGAAUAAGGACAUUAUGAAGUUCAUGAACUUAUGAGGACCGGACAUUUUGAAGGGUUU